AUGGCCAAAAACAACAAUCCACCUCCAGCAGGAGCAAGCAAAGAGCAAGCCACAAACCGCCUAAACCAACUCUCAUCACAUAUAUCCCCAACCAAACAAAAGACCCAAGCAAACCGCCUGCCAGCAGACCACUCAGACGUCCUAACCCAAAUAACCAACCUGCGCACCAUAGCAGCAACCCCAGACCCCAAAAACAGAGGCUAUAUCCGCCAAAAACAAGCCGGGAAAUUAUGGGUGCGUGAACGAAUCGACCAACUCCUCGACGCAAACACCUUCACAGAAAUCGGCUCCGUAUCCGGCACAGUAACAUGGGCCAAAACAGGACCUAUGCGCGAAAAGCCUGUAGCCUUCGUGCCGAGCAAUAACGUCCAAGGCGCGGGCUUGCUGCGUGGCCGGAAGGUUCUCCUCACGGCUGAUGAUUUCAGUAUUCGGUCUGGACAUGCUGAUGGUGCGAGUACCGGGAAGACGGUUUAUGUUGAGAAACUUGCUAUUGCGUUGCGGAUUCCGGUUGUUAAGCUUGUUGAUGGGAGUUCGGGGGGUGGGAGCGUUACUACGAUUAAGAAGGAGGGGUGGAGUUAUUUGCCCCAUGUUGCUUCUUUUCCGUUUGUUGUGCAGCAGUUGAAUAUGGGGAUUCCGAAUUUGGGGGCUGUUGUUGGUCCUGCGAUUGGACUCGGUGCCGCGAGAGUCGUAUCAUGUCAUUUCUCCGUAAUGGCUGCAGAUAUCGGCGCUCUAUUUAAUGCCGGCCCCAAAGUCGUCGAGGGCGCGACCUUCGAGGAAGGUCUGGACUUCCAAGAUCUGGGCGGUCCAAUGGUCCAUUACCCCGAAGACCGCGAAGAUAUUGCACUACGGAGUAUCAUCCCCCGACGCCAAGCUCGCAUGUACAAUGCCCGGACGAUCAUCACUUCAGUCGUCGAUCAGGAUUCCUGGUUCGAGAUCGGGGCCCUCUGGGGCCGGACUGCUAUUGGCGGACUUGCACGUCUAGGCGGACGCCCUGUUGGGAUUAUUUCGCUUAACUGUGAAGUGAACGGUGGUGCAUUGGAUGCUGCUGGGAGUCAGAAACUCACGCGGUUGCUCAAGUUAUGUGAUGUGAUGAACUUGCCUAUUUUGCAGUUCCUUGAUGUCCCGGGAUAUGCUAUUGGCACUGUUGCGGAGCGUACGGCUACCAUGCGCUGGGGCGUUGAACUCGCUAAGGCUUACUUCAGCACCACCGUGCCGGUCUUUAAUGUGGUUACGCGGCGGGUAUUCGGUGUUGCAGGUGGUGUUAUGCUUGGAUGUCGGGAUCCCGUUAUGCAGGUUGCUUGGCCGUCUGGGCAAUGGGGUUCGUUGCCACUCGAUGGAGGUAUUGAAGUUGGUCAUAGACAUGAACUGAGAGAAGCCGAGAAGGUUGGUAAGAAAGAAGAACGGUAUCAAGAGUUAGAAGAGGAGUAUCUGCGGCUUAUGAACCCGGUGCGCACGGCGAAUGCCUUUGGGAUUGAGGAGAUUAUUGAUCCGAAGGAUACGCGAAAGGUCUGCUGUUCGUGGGCUGAGCAUGUUUACGAGGUGCUUAUUCGAGAGAGAUUGGCGGCUCGGGCUUCUGGGAAGAUUUCACCUACUUUUGCUUGA